GGGUUCGCGUUCAGUCCAAGCGGACAUAAGAAACGCAGGCCCCUCGUUCCAGAUUCCACGUUCAGGAGCAUUCGAGAACACGAAGAAAUACGACGACAAAGGAGAAGCCGAGCAGCGACACUGCAUACGGACUUUAGACAUGGAGGGCCAGUUCCAGGAUGGCAAGGAGGAAGUCAUCCAAGCAUGGUACAUGGAUGACAGUGAAGAGGACCAGAGGCUUCCUCAUCAUCGCGAGCCCAAAGAAUUCAUUCCUCUCGACAAACUUUCAGAGCUAGGAAUAUUAAGCUGGCGCCUAAAUGCUGAUGAUUGGGAGAAUGAUGAGAAGCUCAAGAAAAUUCGUGAAGCCAGGGGUUACUCUUACAUGGACAUUUGUGAUGUGUGCCCAGAGAAGUUGCCAAAUUACGAGGCUAAGAUAAAGAAUUUCUUUGAAGAACACUUGCGUACUGAUGAAGAGAUACGAUAUUGUCUUGAGGGUAGUGGCUACUUUGAUGUGAGGGACGAAAAUGAUCAGUGGAUCCGUGUAGCAGUGAAGAAAGGGGGCAUGAUUGUUUUGCCUGCAGGAAUGUAUCACCGCUUUACAUUGGAUACCGACAACUACAUCAAGGCAAUGCGGCUCUUUGUGGGCGAGCCUGUGUGGACGCCAUACAAUCGUCCCCAUGACCAUCUCCCGGCUAGGAAGGAGUAUGUUGAGAAAAUCAUCAACAGAGGUGGAAACCAAGCCGUCGAAGCUCGUUGAGCAUGUCAAACUCUACAUGUCCUGCGGAGCCUACCUGUUGCACUACACUUUACAACUCCUGGUGCUGUAGAAUAAGAUUUGCUAUUGCAAUCAGCUCAUGCCACCACCAUGUUGUCAGUUAACAGUUUGCACAAAGCCUGCUUAAAAUCUUGCCUAGAUAUUUUGUAAUAGGAAUGGUGUGGUGUUUGAUGAAUGUUGAAGUGAUGAUGAUUCAACCCAUGUGUCCUUCACAGGUUCGAUGAAACGUUGCACACAAUGAUUUACUGAAAAUCAUGCUUGGAUUCCUGUACCAACCCUCAGUCUGACUGAAUGUCGUGGUCCAACUACUGACCAUUAUUAUUUUUGCAUGAGUAUCUACUGUCGUUCUUGCAGUAGGACGACCAGGCUUUGUAAUGAUGUACUCAUUCACAGUACGGUUCUUAUUACCAAAAAGUUUGUGCAGAUUGAUAA